GAGGGCGCCCGUCGAGCAGUGAGUGCUGCCCGCCAGCGCCAGGAGAUUGCCGCUGCCAGGGCAGCAGACGCCCUUCUCAAGGCAGUAGCAGCCAGCAGUGUUGCUGAGAAGGCUGUGGAGGCUGCUCGAAUGGCCAAACUGAUAGCCCAGGACCUGCAACCCAUGUUAGAGGCCCCAGGCCGCAGACCCAGGCAGGACUCAGAAGGUUCCGACACAGAGCCCUUGGAUGAGGACAGCCCUGGGGUGUACGAGAACGGACUGACCCCCUCAGAGGGCUCCCCUGAACUGCCCAGCAGUCCUGCCUCCUGCCGCCAACCCUGGCGACCCCCAGCCUGCCGGAACCCACUGCCUCCUGGAGGGGACCGGGGUCCCUUCUCCAGCCCUAAAACUUGGCCUGAGGAGUGGGGGGGCCCGGGUGAGCGGGCAGAGGAACUAGCUGGCUAUGAGGCCGAGGAUGAGGCUGGGAUCCAGGGCCCAGGACCCCGAGACGGUUCCCCACUCCUUGGACGCUGCAGUGACAGUUCCGGAAGUCUUCGCGAGGAAGAGGGGGAAGAUGAAGAGCCCCUGCCCCUCAUAAGGACCCUAGGGGCCUCGGAGCCUGAGCCCCUGGCCACACCAGUCCUGAGGGGCCCCUCCUCAAGGGGUCCUGAAGCUGGGUGCCGGAUGGAAGAGCGAGAGGAGCAAGCUGCCACCGAGAGGCCAGCCCAGCCGGGAGCUGCCAACCCCCUGGUGGUGGGAGCCGUGGCCCUCCUGGACCUCAGCCUGGCGUUCCUGUUCUCCCAGCUCCUCACCUAAGGCUCCUGCCUGGCCUAAUUCUGGCUUUGGUUGCUGCCUCUUCACUCCUUUGAUCUGCCUUUUUUUUUUUUUUUCGUUUCCUCCUCCUGCUUGUGUUUUCUCCUUUCUUUCUUUUUUUCUCUUCUCCCUUUCCUUUUCUGUUUCCCUUUGUUUUUGUCUCUUGCUUUUUCUUUCCUGCUCUCCUUUCAGAUUCUCUCAUUUAUUCUGGAUCUGUCUCUGUCUUCCUCGCUCCCUUUCCCACCCCAACUCUUUCUUUCUCUAGAUUGUUUACAUAUGAAGGGCUUUUCUUGCUCAGAGUUGCUCUCUUCUCUGAGACACACAAAUCUAAGUCAGACCAUUGCCCCACACCCUGCCCAUCUUUUCUUUAGACCUGAACUUGGAUGAGGGUGGGGUUUUGGUGUCCUGAGGCGUCUCCUGGAAGGUGAGUGGAAAGGAGGAAGAAAAUGGAGGAGUGACUAUACUGGUCAAGGCACUGGUCGAGCUCUGUGGCCCCCUAACCCAGGGCCCUGUUGCCCCUCUGAGGCCUAGUGAAAAAGCUGGAGGAGGUACAGUCACCAUCUCUGACUUUGGAGGAUCCUAUCUCCCCUCCAAGCAUUGAGAUAGGUUCUUCCCUAAUCCCAUCCUUCCCUGAAAAAGAGAUAUGAAGGGAAAUGAAGAGGGAAGACUCUUAGCAUCUCCCACUUUCUUUCCUCAACUGCCAGCCCCUCAUCCAACCCCCUAGGGUGGCAUGCCUGGUCAA